UUUUUCUCCGACAACAUACACAAAAAGAAGAGUCCAUUUGAAAUCGAUUCCUUAUUGAAAAAUUGUUGUUGAUUAGGAAUAAUUUGCUGGAUCGAGGUUCUGUUUCUAUAGAAGAAGCACUUGCAUUUAAUAUUCAUCCUCAAUCUGCUGGAUCGAAGGUUCUGUUUCUUUGCUGCAAAGAUUAAUGUUCAUCCUCAAUCUUAAACAUGCCCCUUUACGUUGAUCGCGAGGCUCCUAAGCUAUGGAGACGAAUUUACUCAGAAGCGACGUUAGAAGCUUCUCUUCUUGCAGAAAAAUGGAAGCUUGUUCUCGCUGGACUUGUAUUUCAGUACAUUCAUGGACUUGCUGCUCAUGGAGUUCACUACUUACACCGACCUGGUCCAACGCUUCAAGAUGCUGGUUUCUUUAUUCUUCCAGCGCUUGGGCAAGACAAAGCCUUUGUCAGUGAAACUGUGUUUGUCACUAUCUUUGGAUCGUUUAUCUUGUGGACUUUUCAUCCUUUUGUUUCCCACAGUAAAAAGAUUUGUACAGUUUUGAUAUGGUGCAGAGUUUUUGUUUAUUUAGCAGCUUCUCAAAGUCUGAGGAUCAUCACAUUCUUUGCAACACAGCUUCCUGGGCCGAACUAUCAUUGUCGAGAGGGCUCCAAGCUCGCCAAGAUUCCGCCUCCAAAGAAUGUUCUUGAAGUACUCUUGAUUAACUUUCCUGAUGGAGUGAUAUAUGGUUGUGGAGACCUAAUAUUUUCAUCACAUACGAUAUUCACCUUAGUCUUUGUACGCACAUAUCAAAGAUACGGCACACGAAGGUGGAUCAAGCAUUUGGCUUGGCUUAUGGCAGUUGUACAAAGCCUAUUGAUUAUAGCAUCAAGGAAACAUUACACAGUUGACAUUGUUGUUGCAUGGUAUACUGUGAACCUUGUGAUGUUCUACGUUGACAGCAAACUUCCAGAAAUGGCUGAGCGUUCUAGUGGACCUUCUCAGACGCCUUUACUUCCACUAAGUACAAAGGACACUAAGAACAGGAGCAAAGAGGAUCAUCAGAGACUUCUAAACGAGAACAUCGUAGCAGAUGAUCAUUGAUAUUCUCUCCAACCUCAGAGCAGAAUCUUAGUUAGAAACUAUGCUGGUUGCUUGCAUGUUAGUCAUAAACUGAUAGAAAUUUCCCAGUUUCAAGCUAUAUAGGAUACACAGAUCUCUUUUCGUUGUUCAAAGUGCAAAUACAAAUUAUAUAACUCAUUCAUAAAUUUUUGUUAUUUCAUUUCAUCCCUUUAGAAUAAUGGGUUCACAGAGAAUUUGCAUAAUUUGUCCAAAUCAGCGCCAAAAAUGUAAUGCGACUCCCUUGACAAUAAAAACAAGAUUGCCUUAAAGCUUU